AAUCAUUGUCAAAUAAAAAAUUGAAAUGUCAAAGUCACUCAAUUUGUUAUUAAACGUACACGAAGACGAGAAUAUUUCUAAAGAUAAUUGUUAUUUAGUCAAUGGAAACUAUGAGUAUUACCACUACUUGUGUGACGGAUUUGAUGACAGGGGUUGGGGUUGCGGCUACAGAACUUUGCAAACGAUAUGUUCCUGGAUGAAAUGCAACGUUAAUAAGGAUGUUUCAGUGCCAUCAAUCAGGGAGAUACAAAGGAUAUUAGUUGAUUUGGAAGAUAAACCUAAGUCAUUUCUAGGGUCCAGACAGUGGAUUGGUAGUUUUGAAGUUUGUCUCGUUAUAGAUAAGCUGUAUGACAUUCCAUGUAAAAUUCUCCAUGUCAAUAAAGGAGAUGGAUUAGAUAAUAUAGUUGAUGCAUUGAGAACCCAUUUUAUGAAAUUUGGAUCUCCUAUCAUGAUGGGCGGUGAUGUGGAUUGUUCCUCUAAGGGAAUCAUGGGAAUACAAACUGAUGGUGCUAAGUCAAAUUUAUUGGUUGUUGAUCCACACUAUGUGGGCUCAGAGAAAACAAAGGAAUUCCUUCAACAUAAAGGCUGGGUCAAAUGGCAGCCCUUCAAAGAAUUUUUAAGUUCUUCUUUUUAUAAUCUUUGUCUGCCACAAGUAAAAUCGAAAUGUUUGCAAUAAAUAUUUUCAAUACAACUCAGUGUUAUUUAAAUCCUUAUUUUAUUUCAAAGGCACCAAU